AUGAAAGGUUUAUACAUCGUUUUAACGUGUAUUAUUUCUUCACUUGCUUCCUUGUGUGUUGCAAUAACUCAUAACACAAACGGUACAUUUGAUGUACUUAACUAUGGUGCUAUCGGAGAUGGCUCUACCGAUGAUUCAAAUGCAUUUUUGAAAGCAUGGACAGACGUGUGUGGUACAACUAUAGACACCCCAACAAUGAUUAUACCCGAAGGAAAAACAUUUUUGUUGCAACCUUUGUCGUUCCAAGGUCCUUGCAAAUCUUCAAACGUUAUAAUUGAGCUUAGAGGAAAUAUCACUGCCCCAAAAGACAUUGAGGCUUGGAAAUUGGAAUAUGGUAAAAGUGAACUAUUAUGGAUCCAAUUUUCGACAAUAAGUGGUCUUGUCUUCAAUGGUUCGGGAGGACAAAUUAAUGGUCAAGGUGCUCCAUGGUGGGAGAAGUUUCCUAAAAAUCAAGAAAAAUAUAGGCCCAGUGCUCUUAAAUUUACGGAGUGUCAAAAUCUCACAGUUUUUAACUCAACUCAUUUAAAUAGUCCAAAAAAUCAUAUUAGCAUACAUUCGUGCAAAAAUGCUACUAUCUAUAAUCUUCAAAUAAUUGCACCAGAGGAUAGUCCCAACACAGAUGGAAUUGACAUCUCAACAUCAACUAAUAUUCAAAUUAUGAAUUCAACAAUGGAAACCGGUGACGAUUGCAUCGCCAUUAACGCUGGCUCAAGCCAGAUCAACAUAACUGGUAUUUUUUGUGGACCUGGCCAUGGCAUCAGUGUUGGUAGUCUUGGAAAAGGUAAAAGUUAUGCUACGGUAGAAGAGGUAUAUGUAAAAAAUUGCACCUUUACUGGAACUUCAAAUGGAGCUAGAAUCAAGACAUGGAAGGGAGGCAGUGGACAUGCGUGGAAUAUCAACUAUGAAGAUAUUAAACUUGUUGGAGUAAAGAACCCAAUAAUUAUUGAUCAAAAUUAUGACCCUUCAGUAUUUGAUAUGACUAAAAAAAGAUCAGCAGUUGAAGUGAAAAAUGUUACAUACAACAACAUAAAAGGAACCUCAAUUAAUGGACAUGCAAUCCAAUUUAAUUGUGAUUCCAACAUUGGGUGCACCAACAUUGUAUUAAACAAUAUAAACAUAACGAAUGUUGAUAAAGGCAAAACAAAUGCAUCUUGCAUUAAUGCUCAUGGAACGUACUCAUCGUGUUAUCCACCCGCCUCAUGUCUUUCUUGA